UGGGCAGGUUUUGGUGAGCUUUUGUGCCUCAUCUACACACUGGCGCUUUCUGUUCCUCUUUGAGCUGCUAUCAUCCACCCGAGCUGCUGAGACCAUCACAACCUUUAAGAAACAGCUGAAGACACACUUGUUCUACAUUUAUAUAAAGGAUAAUAAUCUUGUCAUUUGAGCUUUUUCUUGAGAUGCCAGUUCAGAGACUUGUAUAAGAAGCCAAUGAAUGUCCUCAUUACUCACGGCAAGUAAAUAGUGCUUCAUAUGCUUCAAUACUGACCUAUUUAGAUGUAACCCCCAUACGGUAUUCUUGUAAUAUUUUUUUAACAAUCUUGUGUUUAUUUAGUGGCUUACUUACUUACCAAUCUUAAUACAGCAUAAAACUUUAAUCCAACAAAUCUGCCUGGCAACUGGUGAUCAGAUGUGAACAGAAAAUUAUGAGUGAUCGGUAAAAAAAAGUUUCUGGCUUCAUCCUCUGUGUGCACAGGUUGGUUGUGAAUGAGAGCAGAAAGACAUGCAAGAUGGAGAUUCAGAGCAACAAAGGAAUUAAGCUGUAUAAACUAAAAAAAAUAAACUGAGUUAUAAAAGUUGAAAAGAAGCACAUAUGUAUCAGGAAGAUGUGCUAUUUUCUAUUAUUUUAGCUGACUGCGAAAAUGAGAGAAUAUCUAUCAAAUCUUGAAGACAGCUUCCAGAAUCUACACAAGUUCAAUGCUGGAUUUGCACAAAGGCUAUUACUGAAAGAUUAAACAUUUCCCACUUUAAAAACAGAAACUGCUGUUUAUGGGCCCCAACCUGUAAGUAUGUUUUAUUUUUUAUAUAGUUUCUGGGAUGUAAACAAAGACCAACGUGGUUUGGCUUCACUAGCCUGUUAGCUAAAUUCUAUUUCAUACUUCUCCAACAAAUGCCUACAAACUUCAACAAACUUCUAUGUAAUCACACCAGCGAACUUCUGUUGGUGUUUGUUGUAGUUUCUGUUAUCAGUGUGUAACCCCUCUACCCUGGUCCUACUUGCCCCGCUCUAUGCGGGCCUCAAACCUGGGUCUCUGGCGUGGGAGUCGGACACUCUUAACAAGGAGGCUAAAGGCUGCAACCUCUAGCGUCAGUCACUUGAGAUCAGAGGAGUGAGGUUUACUUGCGACUACUAGCUGGCCUCCGUUACACUCAGACCCCUAAACCUCACUCCCAUCCGGGUCACGGCACCAAUGUAGCCACUCUACCCAGGUUUGAGGCCCGCACAGAGCAGGGUGAGUAGGACCUGGGUAGAGUGGCUACAUUGGUGUGGGAGUCAGAUGCUCUAACAAGGAGGCUAAAGGCUGCAACUUCUAACGUCAUUCGCUAGAGCAUCUCUUGAGAUCAGAGGAGUGAGGUUUACUCGCACAGCGACUACUAGCUGGCCUCCGUUACACGUGUACAGCAUUGUUUCAUUGCAGCUUUUAUGUUGUGUUUACCCACAUGCUCAUUCAUGUUAAAUUAAACAAUACCUUUACAAAAAUGCUACUACUGUCAUGUAUUCAGCACACUAUGGGGCAGCAGUAACAUUUACAAGUGACAGCAUAUCUAAACACUUUGACACAAAUACAAACAAAAAUAUUUAACAUUCAUAAACGUCCUUACAGAGGUUCUACUUGACGCUCUUCUUCAUUACUGCUAUCUGGGUCUGAUUCAGGCUCAAGCUGAUAUGGCAAUAUUGACAGCAUUAUCUACAUUUCCACUGAAGCAAAGACUGGACUUUGACCGAAGCACAUGCGAUUUUUGCCCGUAAUGGUAAGGGGCGUGACAUUUCCGGACAACGUGAAUCGUGACAAUGUAUUUUGGACAGCGAAUCACAAUAGACUGGGCCAGCUAACCAAUCUCAGUCCAUUGCAUAUUUCUGAGGCAAUUGCUUCAUAGAAUCAGGAACUCAACUGAGCAUUUUUAGGAGAAGGGAAACAGCUGUGUAGAAUAAAGGUAAAAUAUGAAAAAUAUGGCUUUUUUGGUUUUGUUUUAAAACAAAGCAUUAAGACAUAUUAAACUGCGCCCCAUAAACACAAUCAAGCCUACAAAAAAAACAAUGAGCCGCUCUUUUAAACAAACCGUACCAGAGUUCGUUUGGAACUGGACCGAGACCACCUCUUCAGCUGGGUCUCAGUACGGUUGUUUGGUCCGCACGAGUGCAAUUGCAUUCACACCUGUUCAAAAGAUCCACACCAAGGGGGGGAACAAACUUGAGUUCGAUUCAAUCAAACCAAACAAGACGCACUUAAAGCUCUCAUUGGUUCCAGAUCUUCAGCAUCAGACAAUAUUAAGACAUUGUGUAUUACAAUAGUUUUUGUGUUCAUCAAUAAAAUUCAAAAGCAGUCAUUUAAUAUUUUCAAAGUAAUUAUUGCCGUUUAACACAUUUCAUGACUUGCUGUAUCUUCAGGUCUUUUUCUACUUGCAGAUGUGAAUCAGUGAAGGAUGAUGGCAUCUAUUUCAGAUCACCUUCUGGAUGCUCUGGAUGAUCUAGACACAGAUGAACUGAAGAGGUUUAAAUGGCGCUUAAAAAAUCAUAAGGGGUUUUCAAGGACUGCUCUUCAGAAGGCAGACGCCCCUGACACAGUAGAUCUGAUGAUGAAGUGUUUUGGACCAGAAGAAGCUGUGAGGGUCAUGGUGGACAUCCUGAGGAAGAUGAACCAGAACCAUGUGGCUGAACAGUUAGAGAAGAAACACAAGCAAGCUCAGGCUGAGGGUAGCAUUGAGGAUCCUGCGCUUGUUGGAGCCAAUUCAAAACCGAUAGAGGUCAUUUUCACCAACAUUGUUCCCAGGACCAGGAACGACUUCCUACAAUAUUCCCAUCGGCUCACUCUGGAUCUGAACACAGCGAAUAAACGUCUCUGUUUGUCUGAGAAUAACAGAGUGAUUACUAACGCCAACACAGAUCAGCCGUAUCCUGAUCAUCCAGACAGAUUUGAUCAUUGGGACCAGGUGUUGUGUAGAGAGAGCGUGUGUGAUCGAUGCUGUUACUGGGAGAUUGAGUGGAGUGGACGUGUGUAUAUAUCGGUGUCAUAUAAGAGCAUCAGCAGGAAGGGAGGGGGUAUUGAGUGUGUGUUUGGACGUAAUGAUCAGUCCUGGUGUUUGUACUGCUAUUCCUCCAGUUACUCAUUCAGACACAAUAACAUAGAGACUGAACUCCCAGUAGUGUCCAGUCGUAGAAUAGGAGUGUAUGUGGAUCACAGUGCAGGAACUCUGUCCUUCUACAACGUCUCUGGAGACACAAUGAGCCUCAUCCACACAGUCCAGACCACAUUCACUCAACCGCUCUAUCCUGGGUUUACGGUUUAUAAAGGAUUAGUGAAACUGUGUUGAUGAAUCAGAAUAAAAUUGUAGUCUCUUACUUUCUCUUCAUUACAUUAAUAUUACAGCUGAACUACUAACACUGGAAUAACAUUUCAAAACUAAUGUGUCAUAAAUCUUCAUAAAGACAAACACCCUUCUCAUUACAAGAAGAGUAUCUAUUGAAACCAACCUGCAAGAAAUUGUGCACCUUCGGGAAACAAAUAAUGAGCACUUGCACAAAACAUUUAAACAAAUAAAUAAAAUUAAAUAAACAUUGUCAGA